AUGGGUCGAUUUUGCCAUUUCAAGAGAUUUUCCCGUUGCGUUCUUGCCAUUCUGUUGGCAAGCGUCCUUCUGGAUCCGAUAUCCUCUUCCGCAACCCAUCAGGACACUUCGAGCACGAACACCAACCAGCUAGAGACAUGUGAUGUCACAGUGCCACAACAGGGGAAACUGAAAGCACAUCUUGAUUUGACUCUGAAAUCCGAUGCCGACAGCAUUUCGUUCAUGUGUAGUUCGACCCAGGAAGCAACGCUUCUGCCAUCGAAGGAGAAGGCCUUUAAAGACGACGAGUGCUCAACACAGGAACUGCUGAACACGAUCUUUUCUGGUGCCGAGCUAAAGGAAACAGAACACAACGGAAAAAGCAAGUACGAGCUGAUCAUUCCAAUUAACUCACGGACGGAAACUAAAACGCUUUGCUAUAAAUGCACCGUCACUGCUGCAGAUCCCGAAAUAUCCUCUCGUGUCGCACAACCUCAAGCUGGAAAGGAGUGCAAGGUCAAAAUCACCGUUGACAAGGUCGAGCAAACGACGCCUGAACCCGAGGAAAAUGCCGAGCAACUCACAGGACCCAUCGAAUGCGACAGUACCGCAACUACCAAGGAGGCAAGUGUCUCCGCAGAAUCUCCUCUCUCAUUCAAAUGUGGAGCUGGAAUGUCCCUGCACCCGACAAAUUUGACAGACGUGUUUGAUGACCAGGACGGGAAGUGCGCCGCUGAGGUUGCCCUGCAGACUCUAGUCGACGCCACAUUAACAAAAACUGAAACUGAAGCUACACAGAACGGACAACCAGUGUACCAGCUUGCUGUGAAGACGGCGCCUUCUGAAGACACUGCCAUCUGCUACAAGUGUGUAACUACUUCCAGCAACCUAGAAACAAAGACCAACACCGACGAAGCAUCGGCUGCGAGAGAAUGCCUUCUGAAAAUAUCUGUUAAGGGAAGUGCAACGUCUGCAAUUUUAUCUGCGUGGGGUGUUGCGCAGGCAGCAGCCGCUUUCUGUGUGGCCGCACAAAUGUUGCUCGGCGUGGUUGAUUUGUAG